GUUUUCUCUAUAUAUCUACUGCUGCACUUCAAAUCACAGACUCGUCUGCACAUUCUAUCAUAAAGCCUUAUCGAGCAAUCAGCCAUCAUCAUGUCUUCCAACAGAUUGACUGAGCACAACCUCUUCAUCCACGAUCAAACCAUCAUCAAUCAUGACUCCAAACAAACCCAAGACAAUACCCAAAAGCAGAACCAGAUACCAUCCUGGCUCACAACACUCAUAUCCUCUGAACGAAUGCACAAACUCAACGCUCAGUUGGCUCUCAACAUCUCCAGCAAUAACACUGCCAAUCCCACAAGAAACACAGACACCGACAUCGACGCAGACAUCCAACACAUCACCAACGUUCUCUCAUCACUUCCACCCCACGACCCUCUCUUCUCCCGCUUCAAGCUACUGGAAGAUAUACUUUCGACACAAACACACAACCGCCAGGAGAACGAUGACUCAAACCCCAUUCCCCUAGAACGCUUCCUCACGCCCGGACAUAGUGAUCCGUACUACAUUGUGGAGAGGGCGCUAGAGGAGCUGGGUAUCCCGUUUGGGAGUGUGGAGAGUGGUGAGGUCAGAAGAAACAUGGCGAGGGAGAAUGUUGAUGCUGCGAGGGAGGCUGCAAUGGGGAUGGGGGCGAAUAGUUAUUACCAGAUGUCAAUGUAUCUGUGAUAGUAUUCGGGAUUGGGUAUAUUAUACUAAGGAAACUCAGAUCAUGCAUGUAGUAUGCAUGUAUGCUAUGCCAUCACCACCACCACCACCACCAUUCAUCAAUCAAUCAAUAGUCCCUACCAUAACCACUCCCCCACAUAAAGAAAGUAUAGAAAAGAGCAGAACAUAUAUGUAGAUAACACCAAAACCAACAAGAAAUUCAACAAAUCUACCCCCACUUUCAUAGAACACGAACCCAUACUCCUCUUCCCCAGCAGAGAGGAAAG